AUGUUUGAUCUCGAUCGUCAUCCGCUACCAGAUCAGCUCGGGUAUCUGGUCCUGUCCGAGGAUGGGUCAGUACAUGCUUCCGGCGGUGAGCUGGAAAACGACGAGCGUAGUGCAAAUAUAAUAAGCAAUCUUCUUACACUCACCGAAAGUGUUGAUCCAGCCAUUUUCUAUGCACGCUCUUGCAGGAAAGUUUCGAUCGUUUUCGCUGACCACAGUUUCACUAUAUGCCUUUCGAACAAACGCAUUUACGUCGUAAAGAAACGAAAUCGCACGGAUGCAACCGCUAACAGUGGCAUCGAGUCGGAUAAUCAUUCAAUACUAGCUUGAUUUUACGCGCGUCUUU